GCGGAGCAUGCCGGGUUCUCUGGGUUCUCUGGGUUCUGAAGGUUCUGUGCUUGGUUCUGUCCGCCGUGCACGAGCCUUCUGUUCCCGAGGUUACUGUAGGUCACGGAGCUGCGCGUUCACGCUGCAGGAGGAGUUUCCGGAACGUGCAGCCUCGAUUGGUCGCUUCAGAGCGGAAACGUGGAGAAAGAAAAACACCUGCAGGAGAAAUGAGCGGCUCGUUCAGGGAUCCGGUCGUCCUGCGGUCCGAUGACGAGGACUUGGUGGACGUUCUGGAGGAGCGUCGUCAUGGCAGCGACCUCGGCUUCACCUUCAGGACCUUCAGCCCUCCGUCCUGCCCGGCGCCGUCCGUCUCCUCCUCCGAUCUCCGCCAGUCCGUCCUCGACUCGCUCUUCCUCCGACACGUCGCCAAGGAGGUCGCCGUGGAGACGGGGUCGCCGCUGGAGAUGGUGAUGGGCGACGCUCGAAGCAUCCUGGAGGAGAUGUCUCAGAACCUGCAGCUGGGAUUCAUCAGACUGAUGGCCUUCACCCUCACCAAAGUCUUCAAGAAGCUCUUCAGGAGCAUCUUCAUCAACAUGGACGGACUCAACACGCUCCAGCAGGCCGUCCAGGAGAACCCAGUGGUUCUGAUGCCCAACCAUCGCAGCUACGUCGACUUCCUCAUCAUCUCCUACAUCCUGUUCGCCUUCGACCUGCCGGUGCCCGUCAUCGCUGCAGGAAUCCCUCUGGCAGGAAUGAAGAUCGUCGGAGAGAUUCUGAGACGUUCUGGAGCUUUUUUCAUCCGACGAUCCAUCGGCUCUGAUAAACUCUACUGGGCCGUCCUGUCCGAGUACGUCAGGACCAUCAUCAGGAAAGAAUUCGCUCCGUUCGAGUUUUACGUCGAAGGUUUGAGGAGCCGAACACUGAAAUCUCUGACGCCGAAGCUGGGGAUGAUGCACAUGGUCCUGGAGCCGUUCUUCAAAGGAGAAGUGUUCGACAUCACGCUGGUUCCCAUCAGCGUCAGCUACGACCGAGUCCUGGAGGAAUCUCUGCUGGCCCACGAGCUGCUGGGCGUCCCCAAGCCCCGAGAGAGCACCGCGGGUCUACUAAAAGCCACCAGAAUCCUCCAGGAGGACUUUGGUUCGAUGUUUGUGAACUUCGGUUGUCCUCUGUCGGUCCGAUCUCUGUGUGAAGGAAGAAUCGAUCGCUGCCGCUUCAACCUGAGGCCCCGACAUGUUCCCCAGCAGCCGUCUGCAGACGUCCAGGCCUGUGUGAGCUGGUUGGCCCACCUGGUGGUCCGGCUCCAGGAGGAGGGUUCUGUUAUCGGGCCCUGGUCCCUGAUGUGCUGCCAGCUGCUGCAGAACCCGGUCCACGUCCUGACGGGGGACGGUCUGGACUGGCAGCAGCUCAGCGAUGGAACCGUGUGGAGCAGGAGGCUGGCGGUGGACUGUGGAGCUCGACUCAGCUGGUCUGGAAGCGUCUCCGAUCCAGACGUCAUGACGUCGGCCGCCGCCCUGCAUCGAUCUGUCGUCCAGCGCAGAAGGGGGCGUGUCUACCUGCUGCAGGGGGAGGAGCCAGAGAGGAGGCGUCCAAUCGGCUCGGAGGACGGCGUGAUGCGGACGGCGGCGGCGGUGCUGAUGCUGGCGUCCUACAGGAACCAGGCGCUGCACGUCUUCGUACGUCCGGCGAUGCUGGCGGCGGCUUUGAACGUCACACGGAGCCGACGGAGAGAACAGCUGCUCGGGUUCUUCUGCUUCCUGCAGGACGUCUUCUCCCACGAGUUCAUCUUCGUCCCCGGCAGGUCGACUCAGGACUUUGAGGAGGCAUGUUUUUACCUGAAGAAGUGUGGAGCGGUAAACAUCGAUGAUCAGGAGGUGACGGUUCCAGAUUCAGGACUGGAGGUUUUAUCUUUUCUGCAGAAGCUGCUGCAGCCGUUCAUAGACUCAUACCAGGUUGUGUUCAGGUUUUUUUGUGAAGAUGGACCUCAGGUGUUCUCAGAGAAGCAGCUUCUACCUGCAGUGCGACAGUUUGCCACAAAGCUCAUCCUCUCAGGUGAGCUUCACACCUACGAAGCCUUGUCCUCGGACACCCAGAAGAACGUCCUGUCGGCUCUGAGGAGGCUUCAGGCCGUCACCAAGCUGAGGGCGUCUGAGCAGAACGAGUACAAAGUGAACCGAGAAGCUGUGAGAAGAACCGCAGACGUGCUCGCCGGGAAAAUCCCUCCCCAGAUGCUCCAGGCGACACCUGACGCCAGACUUUAGUCCACCUUGGACCGGAUCCAUCUUCAGCCCUGUUUUCGCCCGACUUCAUCCUCAUCCUCAGUCCAACCUCACAAUUGACUACAGCUGCUGACUCCUCUGAGCCAAUUUGAAUAGAGCCCAUUAGAUCCACUCAUUAGACUUUUAACACAAACAUUACAGACUUGGAUUAGAUCCAUCUUCCACCCUGUUUUUGUCUGACUUCACCCUUGACUUCAAGACGAAACGCCUCUUCCUGGACGUCCAGUUUUAAACUGCCCAACCCAAUUCCCGACAUGGUGACCCAAAGCAACAGUAUCGGUUUUGUUUUGUCACAAAAAACAAUCAUGUGUUUUGAUUCUUUCAUAGAUUUAUUAAAGGUCUUCUGCAAACGUGACAAAAUCUGCUGGGUCAAAAAUAUACAUAAAGCAGCUUCAAUUAUCAGAUUUUAGGAUUUAGAGUUUAAUUUUCUUAAUGGCACAACCUUGCAGGUGACUACAGCUGCUGACUCUGAAGCCGAAUUGAAUAAGAAAUUUAACUAUAUCUGCUGGGUCAAAAAUAUACAUACAGUGACUUGGAUUAUCAGUUUGAUGAUGUAUAAAGUUGCGUUCAUCAAAUUUUCUCAGACUAUUUAAAUUGGCUCAGAGGAGUCAGCAGCUGUAGUCAACUGCGAGGAUGUGUCACUAAGAAAAUUCAAAAUGAAACACCUGGAUGUUUAGUUUUAAGCUACUUGAGUCUGAAAUGGUGCUAAAAGUCCCAAUGUCAUGACUCAAAGCGACAGUAUUAGUUCUGUUUUGCAGUAUUUAGAUUAAAUCAAGAAUCUUACAGAACGUUUGUUGGCAUCUGUGGAUGAAAACAUGGAGCAAUAACUUGAUUUCAACCGGUUUAACAUGUUCUCGUAGCCUUAUUAUCAAUGCUGACCGAGUGAAUGAACAUGAAUGCACUUUCUAAUAACUGUGAUUGUGAAUUUAAACAGCAAAUACUGAAUUCUGACACUUGAUUGUAUGUAAAUUAAUGUAGCAGCAAUAAUAAUAAAAAAUCAAAAAAAUACCAUAAAA